GACGAAACACCGCAAUUUUUUAUAUCUCCAACAAUAAUAAUGUAAAAAGAAUCAAACCGCGGUUGUUCUUUUUCUUCAUGCGCGUGUCUUUUUGAGCAAAUGCGCUAAUACUUAUCAAUACUCACGCUUAAAAAUAAAGUUGUUUUUUAACGAAACUUUUACUAUUUCUCCAAAUUUGUGUGAACCGUGCCUGGUUGCACAUAAAAUAAUUAUAUUGUUGCUGAACACUGACAUAAUAAUGUGUAUUUCCUUAAAAUAGAUUUUUAUUUGAGGAUAUGAAAUCCAAUAAGGAUUUGAAAUUAUAUUUGCCAAAUUCAUUCAUAAUAUACUACUUCGCGUCGAAAAAUGGGUUAACCAACGAUUUUUGACCAACUUCGCCGCGUCGCGACUCGCUUCGCUAUAGUGCGCAAUCUAUACCCUCCGCCAUAUUCAUUAUGCGCACUAUUGAGAAUCGAGUUGCGACUCCGCGAAGUUGGUUAAAAAUCAAACUGUUUAGCCCAUUUUUCAACCUGAAUCAGUAUAUUUAUUUUCAUUGUUAUUGAUAUGUCAGCUAAGCCCUAGUCGUAAAUUCCUCUUGAAAAACGGGAGCCCUGCACCACCGACAUUGUUGUCAACUUGUCACCGUCGUCGAUUUAAUACUACAUUUAUCUUCACACGUGUUAACAAAUUGCCUGAUACGGAAGUUUUUUGUGCAAAUGGCGAAAUCGAAGAAAAAGGUUGUGAUUUCAGCAGCGGUUAAGCAGACCGCAUCGAAAAAAGUACAUCGAAGUGUUCGGAAAGAAGCUAAAUCGAAAAAUCUUGAUUUUUUGCUCGCUCCUCAUCAGAACAAAAAUGUCGACACAGGAAUUCAAGAGAUAAGCCCCGAAAAGCCUUCAACUUCCACAGCAGUUCCGCAGCAACAUCGCAGUGGCAAGCGACCGGUGGAAUUGUCUGUCCGCAGUCAUUCCGGUUAUUUGGUCCGCAACAAGGAGAACACGCACUGUCAACAGGAUGAUGGAGUAUCCGUAUCACCUCCAUCUGCUAAACGAUGUGCCAUCCGUGUACCGGUCAUUUAUCUCGAAAAACAAAAUCUGCAGCGCGGAAAUAAGAGAUCAACACUGCUCCGUGGCAGCCUGUCGGAUGGAGAGAACGAUGAAGAGCACUUCGAGUCGAAUGCGGAUGAAAACUACCACAAAAUGCCGUGCGUGGGCCGUUCAAAGGAUCCCUCAGGAGCUGUUAAAAAGUUUAGCCAGGAGUUGACAUCCACUAAUCAGGUGAAAUCAACAACAGCAUCGCAGGUAGAGGGCCGUGAAAAGAGACCGGCAGCAAUAUCAGUCACCAGUUCCAUUGACCAGACCGAGGACGAUUUUCACCAACAACAAGACGUACACAAAACGCCAUCAUUCGCUCUUCCUGCAAAACGGUUGGCAUUCCGAGCACCCUUGAUUGAUUUUCCAACAGAUGGAAAUCUACAGUUUCUCCAAGAUUGGCUGUCAGAAGAAGAAGACGAAAGUGAGAGCUGUGAAUCGGAAACACAAAAUGCGUGUGAAACAGACGACGACCUUGAAGACCGUCCUAAGAAUCUAUCAAAGACUGGUGCGGUUAAGGUAAAACAACAAAAGUCGGGCCAGAAGCAAACAUCCGGAAAACAGGUAGGAGUAACAGCAGUUCCGCAGCAACAGUUCGCCGCAAAACAACAGGCAGCAAAAUCAAUCCGCCAUCAGUCUGGUUCCUUUGUUCAGAUCAAGGAAAGUAAGUGCUCUUUAAAUAAGAAUUUUUAGCGAGGUGUCAUUGAUGGAAGGUAAAAAAAUCGAUUAUUAUCGAAGUUGCGUGUACCGUAAUUCAGGAUGUAGUUGAUCAGCGGCGAGAAGUAG